AUGCCCCCGACCUUCUCUCCUCCACCUGGGGACGUAGUGAAGAUGACGCAUCGGCGGGUAAGGGAAGGGCCCUCGCCUUCGCCAAAGCGAGCGCGCGCGGGGCUUUCACCGCCCCCACUGCCGCCUCGCUCGCUGACGCUGGAGCGGGACGCCAAGGCUUUGCAGGCGAUGUUGCAGGAAAUAGACGAGGCCUUCCACCUCAAUGACGACGAUAACGAGCGGCGACUGCGACUGCGUCAGUUGGGGGAGCAGCAGAUGGUGCUACAGCGCCUUUGCGAGGCGGCACUCCAGACGGAGGAGGGUCUUGGCGGUAGCACGGUGCGCCCUAGGGCGGGCGCCGACGCCGCGAACGGUAGACCCGCGGAGGCGGGCAUUGUGUUGACUCCGCGCUCCUUGGAAAGCCUCUCGACGUACGGCGAUGUGGGGGCGACAGUAAUGGGGCGCAGCGCCAGCCGCACGGAUGCCGGCUCCCUGCCGCGGUCGGCGCCCCUCUUGCCGCCCUACGGGCCCUCGAAGGAGGCGCUAUCCGCCACACGUACUGCGCAACCGUUUUGCAAGGACUCAGUCGGCAUCUCACCGCCUCUAGAAUCUCCUGUGGCGGAGGCCGCCUCGACCCGUGCGCCCGCGAGGCGAGAAACACUACCCCCCUUGUCUUCCCCCGCGUUAGUUGAGGACACCGCAUUAGAGAAAGAGCGACGCCUCAUUGAGGAAUUUCUUGGGGUGGCAGGGGCGGAAUCCGCCGCCCACCCGUAUGCGGCCGCAGGGAACGAGAGGCGAGGGCCGGCGGCCAACGGGGUGGUGCCGUUUGUGCCACGGCUGAACCUCCAACGCCUCGGCGGGAACCCGCCUACGCGCGGUCCCGCCGCACAAGAUGACUUGCACGCAGAGAAUUUCGAUGUGAGGGAAGAGGAGCAGCUGCUAAGGUGCCUCGUGCAGAGAGAGCCGCAACGCUCGGAAGACCCCUUGCCGGAGGCCUGCACGGCCCCAAUCUCUCGCUCUGGUGAGGCUCUGGGAGAGCUGGGAACUCCCAGCGCACAGGCGGAAACCUCGCCGCACGCACGAGAAAGGAGUUUUUCUGCACCUUCCGACAUCCCGGCGGCCCCGCGUCGCAACGGCAACGAGCCUCACCGCCCAGCUUCAUCGUAUAUUGAGGGCAACGCAGCCACCAGUGCGGAAAAGAGGAAGGAUGAAGAGGUGCCCGCCUCCCACACUGGUGAGACGCAGGAGUUGUUACAAGAAAAUAUCGAUCUCCACACGGAGCUGGAGACGCAGGAUGUUGCCCUUCGGGAGUUGACGCGAAAAACAGAAACUCUCGCCCGUCAUCUUGUCAAGUCCAUGCGAGACCGAACUCAACUCCAAACUCGUGUGGAGGAGUUAGAGGCGUCCGUUGCUCGCGCAAACUACAAGGUUCAAAGCCUGCAAAGGGCGGCGGAGGAGCAGAAUAAGGUGACGUGUGCCGUGGAUGUAUGGCGUGCGGCUGUGCAUGCCAAGGAGCGUGAACUGCGUAUUUGCGAGGAAGAGCUCUGUCGUCUGCGUGGCAUUGUUGAAGAGCGUGUAAUGCGCUCUGGAAAAGCAUUGUUGCAGCAUGACGCCGCCGUGGACCUCGCACAGGUAAAGAGCGACGUUGAGGAGCUUCUUCUUGAAAUCGCAUCCACCCACGUUCUUCGGCGUGAGGCUGAGGCGCACGCGGAACGCAUUUCAGAUGAGUUGGAGGCGGCGCAGUCGCACAUACAACUCCUUGACAACCGUCUGGCUGAGGCCGAGAGGACGGUGGCAUCUCAGCGACUGCAGGAGAUGCGGGAUCGUUUUCUGCCCGACACGGAUGCCUCACAGGCGGCGUCCGCAUUGUCGACAUUGCCAACUUUUUCGAUGCCGCCAAGUGAAGCCGUUGCAGCCUGGCCUUUUGAGGCAAGACGUGAGUUGGCCCGCCUAGCGGCCUACGCGGAGGGUCUUGUGGCACAACAUGCUGAAAGCGACCGUUAUGCCGAGCUAAGACUGUCGCACGCGAGGUUCGAGAAGGAGGAACUGGGUGAGCGGUGUCGUGUGUAUGAGUCUGGGGUGAAGCAGCUGGAGGAUGAGACGGAGGCGCUUCGACGAGAGCGGGUGGUGUGGAAGUUGGGAGAGCAGCGUUGGCGACAACAGCUUCUGGAGGUGCAGGAGGAUGCGGCGCUCGUGACGGAGUUAUUGCAGACCGCCGUCGCGAAUGCGGAGAGGGUAUUGGAGUCCGUGGCGCUGACGGGCGUAGAUCCGCAGGUGAAGACGGAGGUGGAGAUGUUCGUGAAGGGUGUGAUGCACGACUGGGACACCGUGCGACGCUUUACCACGGCGCUGCAGCGCAUGCAACUUUGUGGCUCGCAGUCGCAGCAGCAAAAAGAGGUGGGGAAACUUCCUCUUUCUACGGCGACCAGAACACGGAGAGAGUUUGUUCUGCAGGCGGUUGAGGCUGCAAUGGCGCAGAAGGCGCCAUCGAGCUCAGCGUCACUGCCGCCACGGACACAAGCAGAGGCUUGGCGGCAUCUAGCGCCCGCCCCGAGCUCCUUGCCGGGGUCCUUUUUCAUACCUCGUUCGCCCGUCACGCGGAGCAUGUCGACGAUGGAAGGGGACAGCAACUGGAAGGAGGAACUGCGGGCCAUCCACUGGUCAUCGCAUGCCCCUCACGUGGAGGCACAGUCGCUUUCUCCGCCGCUUCCAACAUUUGCAGAAGACGUGGCCGUCGUCACCCGCGAGGGCAGGCAGCGGAGUGAGCGACAACGUGAAGUAAAGGCAACAAAGCCGAGAGCCCGGCGGAUACCUCCUCCUGCUGAAAGUCCACGUGGGCUCCUGCCGCAGCCUUCAAGGGAUGCAGAAGGUCCUUUCUUCUUCCAAAGGUGCGAUCACGCGAAACUCGUGACGUCAACUGCAAAAAUAGAGCUGUCUCAGCCUCCGGCAUGCCGAGAAGCCAAUCCAGUGUCAUCCACGUUGGUAAGGCGGGAAUUGAGCUUCACCGAGACUCCAGCAGCUGGAGGGAGCAAGGAUGUCUCAGUCGCCCUUGGGACGCCCGCCGAGCUCUCGCGCGGCGACAAGCGAACUGAGCUUCCUGUGCCAGAGGGCGCCACCGAAGCCAGGGCAGUAGAGCACCCAAGGACGGAUGGGGGGGAGGCCGGUGCGCGUCCAGUUCAGUUGUCCUCAAACUUCGGGGCAGCAAUGCUGACAACCUGUAGCGAGGACGUCGAAGAGGUGGUGGAGCCCCUCGAGCUUGGGGAGGGCACAGUUCUGCGCGGCGCCACACCAACGACGUCGUUCGUGUCUGCAGUCACCGCUGCAACCACGCUGGCCACCGAUACGGGUAUGACAGUGGAGGAAAAGGCUCUCGGUGGUGGAGGUCCGCGACUACAGCCGGAAUGCGGGCUGCGGCUGCGGGCAAAUGAAGUGAGUCCAGCGAAGGAGCAGACGCCCAGGCCCGCGACCAGCAAAGACGGUGUCAAUGUUUCGACGAGUUCGGUCCCCGGCGUAAUCACCGAGGCCAUGAAGGACCCUAAAAAAAUAAACCGGGUAAGCAGAAAAACAUGGGAGGCAGAUGUAGAUGAUACCAGCAACGAACCGCGAUUGCACAUGGUACCUCCUCGAAUGGGUGAGCAAAAAAAACAGGCUUCCCAGCGUGAGCAGUUACGAUCCUCUUCGCCGACCGUCAAGCCAAGACAGGAACCAGGACCGAGUCAGCCAAACAAGGAUGACACAAGGAAAGAGAGCUACACCGCCCUUUACGCGCAAAGUGAAACUGUGGAGGUGACCCUGUCAGAUGCUCCCAAGCGUAUCAAGGGAAGUGCGGGAGAAGUACCCGCUCUUGCAUCUUCGCCGCUUGGCCCGCCACAGGGGCACAGUCUUGCUCCUUCACUAGAGGAGCCACAGCGGAUUAUUGACGGCGCACCUGCCGACCUUGCCCCGUCGGAGGAAACGGGACCGGAGGCACAGCGGUCUGCCACAGAAGCUUCGCUGGGCGCCCCGCAAGAACCUGCAAACGAAAUUGCACCGGUAGUGAAGGAAGUCUCAAAUUCGGGGAGGGGGCGUCGGCCACCGGUGGUGAUGGACUUUCCGUCACUUUGCCGUCCGACACACGGUCCUGGCGGGCGAAGGAAACCGGGCGAAGAGAAGUCCUAA